AAAAAGUAGCAUGCAUGUAUAAGGAGUUGGUUUUACUCUGUUCAGUACUUCAUCCAAAGAACUGAGAUGUUUAUUUGAGAAACUACACUGUGGGAGGUGGCCAGGGGUCAUGAGCCUGCAGAUGUAUAGUGGGAAGCAAGCCUUGUUGGUUGAUGUCACUUCUCCUCUCCUCAGGGAGGAGGGCAAGUUGAUUUGGUUAUCCAUUCCAAAAAGCCUAAUCAAAUGUGCCUUUGUUAGCACUUCACAAGGCUUUCCACUGAAUGUGGCUUGUGUGCCUUGAAUUUGUAAUGGAAGUAGAGGGCAACAAGAGGACUGUGAAUCUCGUUUGAGGAGGAAACCAUUCUUUUUAGUAAACUUGGAACCUUUGUUCAAUUGAGACAGAUGAGAAAAAUAUAGCUGAAGUGGGUGAAGCCAGUGUUCUUUGUUCUUGCUGUAUUCAUCAUUAGGAUCAUUUGUUUCCGCUUUCCAGGCAAUAACGUCUUAUGUAAUUGUUUUUCAUAGGGAAAUCCAGAUAAAAAGUCUACCAAUGAACCUGCUUCCAGCCCAGUAAAACAUGGAAAGGAAAAUCCUGUCCAGAGAGAGCCCCAGAAGACUCUCGGCCAAGCUAGGCAGAGGCACAGAAAUGAAAAAAGUGGCCCGACAACUCGGCAUGGUGGCUGCUGAGUCAGAUAAGGACUCUGGAUUUUCAGAUGGGAGCUCAGAAUGUCUGAGCUCUGCAGAGCAGAUGGAAUCUGAGGACAUGCUGAGCGCCUUGGGCUGGAGCAGAGAAGACAAGCUGAGGCAGAGCUCCAAAGCUGCAAACACCUUCCCUACACUGUCCCCCAUGGUCGUUAUGAAGAAUGUGCUGGUCAAGCAGGGAAGCAGCUCAUCUCAGCUCCAGUCCUGGACUGUCCAGCCCUCCUUUGAAGUGAUCUCAGCACAGCCACAGCUCUUUGUCCUGCAUCCACCUGUGCCAUCUCCUGUCAGCCCAUGUCACGCCAGUGAGAAAAAGUCAGACUCCAGAAGCUACUUGCCUAUUCUGAAUUCUUAUACCAAAAUAGCACCACACCCAGGCAAAAGAGGCCUUUCCCUUAGUCCAGAAGAAAAAGGAGCAAGUGGAAUGCCGAAGAAAGUCUGUACGGAGAGACUGGGGCCCGGCUUGCCUUCCAGUGAGCAGACCAAGACUGGCGCUGUACCAUCCAGUCCCUCAACUGCAGCCCCACCCAGCGCCAAACUCACCGAGGACUCAGCUCUUCAGGGUGUGCCCUCCUUGGUGGCAGGUGGAAGUCCACAGACUCUUCAGCCAGUGUCCAGCAGCCAUGUGGCAAAAGCUCCAAGUCUGACAUUUGCAUCCCCUGCUAGUCCUGUCUGUGCCUCAGACAGUACUCUGCACGGCUUAGAGAGCAGCUCCCCACUCUCCCCACUGUCAGCCAAUUAUAGCUCACCUCUGUGGGCUGCAGAACACCUCUGCCGCAGCCCAGAUAUUUUUUCAGAGCAGCGGCAAAGCAAACACAGGCGCUUUCAGAAUACCCUAGUAGUCCUGCACAAAUCUGGUUUGCUGGAGAUCACUUUGAAAACCAAGGAGUUGAUUCGUCAGAACCAGGCAACUCAGGUGGAACUAGACCAGCUGAAGGAGCAAACCCAGCUGUUUAUAGAGGCCACCAAGAGCAGAGCUCCUCAGGCGUGGGCCAAGCUGCAGGCAUCUCUAACGUCUGGGCCCAGUCAUCCAGGCAAUGACUUAGACACGUUCUCUGAUCACCCAGAUAUCUAGCACAGAGGCAUAUUUUCCAGUUAUCUGAGUGGUUCUUUGAACUCUUUUGCUGUUACCUACACUGUUUCCCAAAGCUUACGUAAGACCUUUUCCUUCUAAACUCACCUUUGAAGCCAGUCCCUGGCUGCUGUCUUAACCUGUGGUCCAUGUUCAUGUUGUGUGUGUCUCCAUUCCACUGAGGACCUCCAGCUCUGUGUGUCCUUGAGUUCCUUCUCCUUAGCCUGCAGGCACUUAGCUGGAUCAUGGGGAAAAGCAGGAAGGAUGACUGUGUGGGGCUCUUCUAGCUGUCACCUCCCACCAUCCUACUCACUAACCAGGAUCAAGGGUGCAGUAAUGAGGAUGAGCAUAUGGAGUGGGUCACAAGGUUCCCUUCAUAGAUCCUCCCUUGACUGUCUUAAUCACAGAGAAAAAUAAGAGGUGUGUUUGCAUUCCACAAGGCCUCAUGCCAGCUGGGUGAAACCUAAAAUGCUUUGGGCACAGGUUGAGCCCGGGUGCAAGCACUUAAUCACGUAAAGCUUUGUUUUCAACUUGAAUGUCAAGGGACAAGGGUAGUACUGUCUGACUCAGACACUUCAGUCACACACCAGAUUGCUCUUUAAAAAGUAGGAAACAUGCUUCAGAUUUUAAAGGUAUGGAAUGAAUUGAGUACUGUCUGGAACUAUAGUUGAUGAAUUGCUUUUUUAACUGAAGAAGGCCAGAGAAAAUAGCCAUUGCCAGCAUCUCUUGGUCAGCAGCUGAAGGUCUUGAAAUAGUGCAGUCUGUUUUUAUAUCUAAAAAGCUCAAGGAUAACUUCAGUGCUUCCUAAGGGUGUGGUGUAAGUUAUCUCUCUGCUGCCUUCUUGUUGUUUUCCCUUUGUUUUAUGAGAGGAAAGAAGUGAUUAUGCUUGUAUACUAAAUAAAAUCAUCCUGAGAUUAUAAGAAUAAGGCCACAAGAAAUUUAAAAGCAUUCUCAUCAGUUUCCUUUUUGCAUCUCAAGUUUUUGCCUGUCCAUGUCAUGAUGACGGGGAGCAACUGAAGAGCACUCUCUUGUGUCUUUCAAGCCAAAGGUGUCAUGUUGGUUCUGUGAUGCUCAUCUCAACAUGGAGAAUGACGAGAAUUUCCAGGUGAUAUUCACUCUUUCCUGCUCAUUGUAUCAGUAACUAGAUGUCUUAAGUAGGAAAGAAUCAAAGAUUUUAUCCCCUCACUUAAAAUUUUCACCCCCUUGAAAACUUUGUUCUUUACAAAUUCCUUUAAUGAGUUCUUAUGGCCAGAUCCAUCUUUUCUGCAAAGAUGUUCCUGAGGUUUUAUUAAGCCCAGCAGUUAAUGAUCAUAUUUACUAGGUAGCUGUAACUCUAACAUCAGAAUUUAGAAAUUCUGAGGCUUUGGAUCUCUCAGACUAUGCUCACAAACACAUAAGACUUAAAAAUAAACAACUUGGUAAAAUCUCUAGACUCCUCUGAUCAACAGAAUUUGCUUUCUGAAAGAGUUUCCAAAAUCAGAGCAAAUGUGUCUCUAGGCAGACUCAGCUCCUUGUAAUGUUUUUGUCUUGGCCCAUUCCCUUUGCCUCCCCUCAGUCUGCAUGGCACUAUAGCUGCUCUGCUCUGCACCAUGCUAGGAAGCUUCCUGCUUGGCAGAAUAGUUUUGGCAGCAAAGCCAUAGAGACAGGUGCAUUCAGAACAGCCUGGGCACCAGUCAUGAGUCUUACUGAGUGUCAAAAAUCUGAAAGCACUUGCUGAGAACCAAAUGCAUUUCUUUGGAAAAACACUCUGUGGAGCUGUGAGCUUCUCAGACUCCUCCCCCUAGAUUGGGGUUUGCAUUUCCCUUCCUGUCGUGAUAAAAGAUGAUGAAAGCCAUCAUCAGUCCUCACUGCUGAGUAACAGCAGCAUACCGCAACCUUCCCCUCUUUGAUCUUGUACCUAGAGCUGGAAGUCUCUAGACUUCAAGCAUGGGUAUUCUUUCCUUAGUGGAGCUGGCAGCAAAUGAGCCCAUGUAGAGAAGCUAGAUCUUGGAGCUAUCUGUUGGGGCCAGAGGUCAGAUCCAUAAAUAGAGGAACUUCAGAGUUGACCAGGAAGAUCUCCAUUGGUUGCACAAAGCUGUAAGUAGUAAUGGCCUUAGCAGUGCAUGAUGUCAGUUGUAUGAAGUACUGUGGCAAAGUUACUGUUUUCUGACCAUGAGAAACCAAUUUUAGCUCAGAUUUUAUUGGCAGUAUUUAAACAUCUAGAAAAAGUUGCCAGUUGAAUUGGUUAUGGGCAUGGACAUUUGUAAUUUAUUACGCAUCACUUUUUAUUGAUUAUAGUAUUGUCUGACUUCACUUCUCUAUGAUUCCUUCAGCAGAAAAGUAACUUAUGCAUAUACUGAAGUGGUUUUUCCAGAUAUGAAUUCUUUAGGGUAGAAAUUAUUUAACAAAUGUGAAUUCUUUUGAGAAAGUAUGAAGUUAUAUAGAAAUUGACUGUGAAAUGUCAGAGGAAAAUAAAAGUCACUUACUUGAAAACCGUUUGACCUUUUUGCUUUGUAAUUGCUUAAAAAUACUAAGCAAGGGCUGAGGGUAUAGCUCAGUGGAAAAAUACUUGCCUAGCAUGUGUGAGGCUCUGGGUUCUAUUCCUAGCACUGGUGGCGAGGGGGUCCCCUAAGUGAAAUCUAGAGUAAAUGUUUGAAUUGGGUUAAGUUUCAAACAUAGUUUUGUGUCACUUGGGAAUAUUGAGAUUGAAUACUGAAUAUGUGGGAAUUCAUUCAUACUGUUAGCAGUAUGGACUUUGGAGGAAAUGCAGGCAGUCUUUUUUCUUUUUUUUCCAGUCCUGGGACUUGAACUCAGGGCCUACACCUUGAGCCACUCCACCAUCCCUUUUUUGUGAG